AUGUGGGUUAUCGACCAAGAAUGUCUCCAACAGGUCGACACAACAAGUCGCGGCGUCUUCACUAUCCUGAAUGCCGCUCACUUCGGCAACGACAUCUCGAACGGCGAAGAUGUCAAGGUCGACACCUUGGUAGAGAUCCGGAAGUGCCCGAAGCACAGUCUCUCUCAGCCGCUCGGCAUGCCCAAAACCCGUCGCAGAUUGAAAAAGCUUCGAAAACAGGAACGCAACCGCCGCAUCGCCCCGACACAAUCCCUACUGACCUUAAAGCGGCUAGACGCUACGCUCAUUCAAACAGAAGCACGCUCCGACACAGGAUUCAGUGCCGAGAUCUACGAUACUGUCGUGACCCUCGGGGACAGCAGCAACGCCGUGCGAAAGCUAUAA